CAUCUGGAGCACACUUCGCCAAACGACAAUUACCCUGUCGACGCAAUUACCGGCGGUUUCGGACUCUCAACCUUCUCACCAUCUCAAAGACUCUUGGUCAGCCCCACCGAUGGGCCCGGUUCGGGUGGUUGGCUGACCUCAGGUGUGGAACGCUGUGGAGUGGGAGAAGAAGAUGGUGGUGUGGAUGUCUCUUGUAUCUCCUCUUCCUUCGUUUCUUCCUCAUCGCCCGCCUCUUCGCCCUCUUGUGAA